AUGUUUAACACCAUCAAAGGAUAUAUAAUUGGGGAUAUAACUAGUUUUUAUAAAGAAAUAUUUCCUAACAUUUCGAAUCUAGAUAAAAAUUUAAAAGAAAAUCAAUUAAUUGAUCUUCCUUAUAGUAACAAUACAUUUGAAAAUAUUAAAUCAGGACAUGUUAACGUAAAUAUAUCUUCAAUUAAUUAUUCAUCAAAUAAAAUUCAAACAAAUUCAACAUCGAAUGUUUUAUCAUCAUCGAUUCAAGUAGGAACAUUUUCCGAUGAUUCAAAUUCAAAUUGUUUAACAAAAAAAGUUUUACAAAUUGAAAAAGAUCGACAAAAAAUUGAAGAAUAUUGA